UAUUUCUUUGUAUAUAGUAUUCGUGCAUAUGUGUGAGUGUAUAAAGUCACUGUCACCGACAUUGUUAAGAGAUAAGCGAGCGAGAGUGCGUCACAAGGCGUAUAGCACAACGAAUAUGGUGCAAACUAAAUUCGUCGUUUUUGACUUAAUACUUAACUUCACGAGUCCUGUUACAUAGAAAAUGAAAAAAGUAAAACAAAAUCGUUCACUUUCAACAUUUCCUCGGAUACAAUAUUUAUCUCCAAAGCGGCAACAUUGGUUGUCCCUUUAUCGAGGUUUACGAGUGAAGCAACAACGGCGAACCAAUCUAUGUUGCAGUUCACCAAAAAUAAAAAUGUAGCUGUGCUGCUGGCGUCGUUGUUACAGUGAACAAAAAUUCAAGUUAAAAUCAGACGCUAGCAACUUUGCUAUUGGCGCAGUUCUCAUUCAAGACGACCACCCAAUUUCAUAUGCUUCACGCACAUUAAAUACUCACGAGAAAAACUACUCAACCAUCGAAAAGGAACUAUUGGCAAUAGUGUGCUCAGUAAAAUACUACAGACCCUACUUAUAUGGAAGAGAAUUUGAUCAAAAAACAGAUCAUCAACCACUUAAAUGGCUACAGAAGAAAAAUUCUGGUAAGGAUAUAAAUCCAAGACUUCAACGCUGGCUAGUACAAUUAGGAGAGUACGAUGCAAAAAUCGAUUAUAUAACCGGUAAAGAAAAUAAAAUAGCACAUUAUCUAAGUCGAAUUAACAGUGAUAAAAUACACAUGGUGAAUUCCGAAAAUUUGGGAAUGACCCUUAACAAAAUGUUGCUAAUAAAAGAUUUAAACGCUGGUGAGCAACAAGACCAAACAAUGCUUUCAAUAGAAGUCCAAACUAGCCAUUCUCAUGAAGAAAAUUUUUAUAAUCACAAUUACAUUCUCAAUACAGUCGUAAAUCAUUUCAAACAGCAAUUAAUUUUAACCGAAACAAAAGAAAAAUAAGUAGAAAUGAUUUUAAAAAACAAACGCAUUUUAAUCGACAUAAGAGAUACAUAUUAACUCUCACAACAAUACUUUUAAAUUCUUUCGCAAACAAUCAAAAUAUUUCUUUUGUAAAUUGUACAAACUUUGCCAAAGAUAUCAAAGAUGAAUACGAAAUCGAAGUAGGACAUUCAGGCAUUAUUCCAACGUACGAGGGAAAUAAAGCAUAAAGUAUAUCAUCCAGAACUAUAAAUAAAAAACCAUGAAAUAAUAACAAUUUGCAACAAAUGUAAUGGUGGAAAAUAUGAUAGAAACCCGAUCAAAGCUAAAUUUCAAAUUACCGAAAUUAAUUAAUUUUUGUCAAUUAAAUGCCUUACAAAAAAGUUUGUUUUCGAUAGUGAAUUUUAUACAAAACCAAUCUGGGAAUUUUUAAAUAGAGAAAAUAUAGAAUUUCAUGCCACUAAACCACAUAGCCAUAUGGGAAAUUCAAAUAUAAAAGGAAUAAAUAAUACUCUUACCAAACGUAUCAGAACCCUAAAUUUAGAAGAAAAAGUUCCAAUUACCAUUCAAAUGUGUAAAGCCGUAAAACGUUUUAACAAUUCAUUACAUACCACAAUAAUAGCUACUCCUUCAGAUGUUCAAAACAACAAAGUUAAUCACAGCAUAAUUAAAAAUCGGUUAGGAAAUGCAAAAUUGAAGAUCAUUUCUAAACAUAACACAAGAAAAGAAAUUUACCUAGAAAAAAGGAGAGAAGGUUUCAUUCGAAAUUACACAAGCAUUAGACACAAAGAAGAACCAAAAUUUAUUAAAAGAAAUUUAGAAAACGUACAUACCUCAGAUGUUAAACGUCCUUUUAAAUUUGCAAAUGACAACAAUGACAAAAGAAACUCUAACGACAAUUAACCCAUUUUAAAACACAAAUCUAUACCCUUCAGUGUAAUGCUCAAUAUAUAUCUUUUAAAAGAAGAUAAAAAAAAGUAAAAUAUACCAUAAUAUAUCAUAAUUUAUAUUAGUAUUAAAAUAAAACAACGUUUCUUGUGUUUGAGCACUAUACAUAAGAUACGCUAAGCUAUUAAAAUCAUAUUGUAUUUAAAACAACUCCAAAUUAAAAAUAUUUACAAAUUACACAAUUAUAAAAAAACUUAUUUUAUACUACUGAAUUAAUUAAAAUUUAAUAAAAUUAUUAUAUAUUUUUGUUAUGAGAUCCAGGAGAAUCUCAAAUCAAAGGGUGGAGGAGUAACAUUCCUAUACUCUAAACAUGUUGUAAUAAUACUCUGUGUCCAAAAUAUAAGGUGACAUUUGAAUUUAAACUGCGCGCGCCGAAGGAUUUGGAGAAUUAUUUUUUUUUUUUUAGGUUGGUAGUACUGUCUGUCAUAUUUACAGUGAGUCGCAGUCAAAAGUAUCCACUUGGGUUUUUUAUAUUGAAAAUGAGAUUGUUGAUAGUUAAUUAUUAAAUUCAAUUUUAUUGUUUUUUAUAUUUGAACAUUAACAUCUUAACUUAAAAUUAAUAAAUUAAAAUUAACAAUAUUUGUGUAAAUUCUAUAUAAAAAAAUAAUAAUUGUAAAACAAAAUCAAUUUCAACCUCACAGUGAAAAGUAUCCAUUGGCAAUACUUAUAACUUUAUAACUGUUAACAGUUAUUUCUCUCAUGAAAUAACAAGCAAAAUAUUGGAUCAGUUAUUUUCUUACACUUUACGCAUAAGUUUGGCCAUUUGGAGUGUACUUUUGAGGAAUUAAGACCAUGAGACGCCACACAACGAUUGUCGAAAGAAAAUUAGUCAUUCAUCAUGCUGAACUAGGAAAAUCGCAACGGAAAAUUGCAGAAAUACUCAAUAUUACUAGAUCUGCUGUCCAAAAAAUUAUAUUGAGGCACAAAACGGAGAAUCGUAUCUGCAACAAGCCGAAAAACAGCGAGAAAAAAAUUUUCACUGAAAGAGACGGAAAGUGGUUGCUUCGACAGGUGGCCGAUAAUCCGAAGCUUAGUGCACCUAAACUUGCUGAAAUCGCGGAGAAAUAUCUAAACAAAACCCAGAAACCAUUCGGAGAAUCUUGCGUAAGAAUGGUCUUCAUGGUAGGGUUGCACUAAAAAAGCCAUUCAUAGAUCCCAAGAACCGCCAAAUUCGAUUGGAGUUCGUUCAGGAACAUGAAAAAAAGGAUUUUGAAUUCUGGAAGUCAGUUAUUUUUGAGGCACAAAACGGAGAAUCGUAUCUGCAACAAGCCGAAAAACAGCGAGAAAAAAAUUUUCACUGAAAGAGACGGAAAGUGGUUGCUUCGACAGGUGGCCGAUAAUCCGAAGCUUAGUGCACCUAAACUUGCUGAAAUCGCGGAGAAAUAUCUAAACAAAAAGUGUAACCCAGAAACCAUUCAGAGAAUCUUGCGUAAGAAUGGUCUUCAUGGUAGGGUUGCACUAAAAAAGCCAUUCAUCGAUCCCAAGAACCGCCAAAUUCGAUUGGAGUUCGUUCAGGAACAUGAAAAAAAGGAUUUUGAAUUCUGGCGAUCAUCAACCUCAACCGACGAAGCUCUCGUUCAACAAAUCAAAGACUUGGUAUUAAAAAACCGUCGAUUAACAAUUAGAGAUCUUGCUGAUGAAGUUGGCAUAUCGAAAGGCUCAGCCAAUACCGCUUUGAAGGAUGUUUUGGGCCUCAAGCGCGUCAAAUCUCGACUGGUACCGAAAACAUUGAAUUUUUUGGAAAAAAUUCGUGAUCAUUUCGCCAAAACCUCAACCCAUAUUGUUCCGCAACCACCGUAUUCACCUGAUCUGACGCCGUGCGACUUCUGGCUGUUCACUAAGCUCAAAAGACCGCUCCGGGGACACCGUUUUGAUACGAUAGAGGAGAUUCAAGCCGCGGCGAAGACGGAACUGAAGGCCAUCCCGGAAAGUGACUACAUCCUGUGUUUCGAAGAUUGGAAAAUCUGUUGGCAUAAGUGCAUUGCUCCGGGAGGGGAUUACUUUGAAGGGGAUUGUUGGGUCACCCUAAUGAGAGUGACCCGUGCUCCGGAUAAAAGUAAUACUUGUUAAUAACUCAAUUGACGUUGCUUACAUUUAUACACACAUGUAUACAUACACAUAUUGUACUCAUAAUUUUCUUUACUUAUGUUGAUGCUUAAAUCUUCUAAAGUGUAAUUAUGUAUAUACAUUAGAACAACUUAACAAAUAAAUCACUCGCUAAUAAACCGUGACCAAGAGCACACUGCACUUUAAUUGUUUUACACCCCCGCAUUUUAAAAUAAUAAAAUAAAGCUAGAAAAACGCGUCUUGCUCCAACAUUUUGGCGCCCAACGUGGGGCAGUGUAAAAUAAGUUUACUUUUUUGUGCAAAGUGUGAAAAACUUUGAAAAAACUAAUGGUGGUUCCUGAAAAAUAGUGGCAUCAAUUGCAUUGAAAAAUACUGCACAUCGAACAAAUAGUUUAGUGCAGUAAUCAGAACAUAAAGUACAUAAAGUUGUUGGUGGGUCCCUGGACUAAUUUCUGUUCAUUUGCACAUAACUGGUUUGCGAUCGGAUGAUUUUUCUGGUGAAAUUUUAAGAAUUUCCACAGUUGCUGCAAUUACCGCUCAUUGGAAAGCGUAUGUACAUAUAAAAACAAAUUACUUAUCAUCAUACAUACGUUUAUCCAUUUACUUGCAUACAUAAUGCGCUACAUCACCGUUUGGUUAACGGAGUUGCAUUCGCUGCUUUCGUUAGCAGAUCUUCGCAUACUCAGCAUAAGUCAGCGCCUUUACUGCUCUGCUCAGCUGAACGUUCAUAGCUCUGCCGGCACUUGAAGGCGUCGCCCGCUUGGUCGCUGCACCGUUGCUGUUAUUCUGUCAACGCAUCUUGAGAGCUCUGCUGCUAGCAGCAGUUAUUAUCGCGCUUUAUUAGUUACACGCUUUCUCUACAUUUUUUUUGCAUAAGCUGCCUGCACUAAACGUUUAGUGGGACAUUGUUUAGUGAGACUACGCAUUGUUAGUGAGCUGUAUACAACUUUGUUUUUGUCGUUGCUAUUAUUGACCGCUGGUAGUUAUUCUCUUCGAGUACAUUAAGGGUGUCCCAAAAUAAACUUAAAAAUGUCUCUUGAACACUCCAAACGCAAACGCUAAUAUAAAACGCAAUAUAUCGCGCAUUAAAUCUAUAGUUGAGGUAUCAAAAGACUUUGAUGAAAAGCCUUCACAUGCGGAGUUACAGUGCCGGCUGGAAAUUCUAGAGUCAUACUUUAAGCAAGCACUCUCAGUCCAAGCUGACAUUGAAGAUUUGGAUCCAUCAGACACAGGUCGCGAAGAUUUAGAGGAUAGCUAUGUCACAGCCAAACAUUGCAUUCAAGCACAACUUGGGGACGAAGGAAAUGUUACAAUUAAUUACCCCGAGACAACAGCUCCAACUCCUGUUUCCACGCCAUCAUUCUUGCCAAGGUUGUCGCUGCCUACUUUUAGCGGAAACUAUUCAGAAUACAAAAACUGUAUUGCAUCUUUUACUCAACUUGUCGCUCGGGAACCUAGACUUUCAAAUAUAGAACGAUUUAAUUAUUUGUUGUCGUGUCUUAAAGGUUCAGCCCUGGAAACUGUAAGAGCCUUCCAGGUCACAAGCGAAAACUACCCGAAAGCUUUAGACAGACUCAGGGAACGCUUCGAUAAUCCCACUUUGAUUUUUUUGGAAGGAAUUGCCUCCUUAUUUACGCUGCAAACAGCCGACAAAUCAAACUAUCAACAAUUGCGUAGUUUGAUUGACAAGGCAUCAGCCAUAUCUAGUUCGUUAGAAUCAUUCAUCCGACUCCUCGUUACACCAUAAGUUCGAGUCCACCAAACCAAUUCGGAUUACUACGCGUGGAGAAAAGUCAUCAUUCGCCAUUACUAAGCCUUCUUGUGUUCUUUGCUCUAGCGAUAAACACAAAAUUAUUGGAUGUUCUCAAUUCAAGGACAUGAACACGAAUCAACGCUACGUUGCUGCCAAGAAAUACGACUUCUGUAUCAAUUGUCUGAGCAAUGGUCACAGAGUAGCUCAGUGUGCGUCGAAACAUCGCUGCCGCUCCUAUAACAGAACGCAUCAUACGCUCUUGCAUCAUGACAACGUGACUAUGCCUACACUUGCAAGUCCAACAUCUCUUCCUCUAUCGCAAUCGUUUCAACCAUCAUCAUCAUAUUCAACCAAACCUCAUACAUAUAACCAACUAGCAGCCACAUUCGCAUAUGGAGACAUCGGAUCACGGGCAGGUCAUUUUAGCAACAGCUUUAGUUUUAGUUAAAGAUUCCAUGGGUACCUACAAGCUUGGAAGAGCUCUUCUCAACUCAUGUUCUCAAGUGAAUUUCAUGACAGAUGAGUUCGCACAAAGGCUUCACCUUCGUCGAGAAAAGUAUCACAUUGGCAUUCGCAGCAUAGGUGACUCAGUUACCAACCUUAAAGCUCGCACCACCACAACAAUUAAGUCACGUACAUCAUCAUUUCAACUUUCGCUCCAGUUUGGUAUCACACCCCAUAUUGCAUACCAACCUGACGCUGAAAUUGACACAUUAAACUGGAACUUGCCAGCCAACACAACUUUGGCUGACGAAACCUUCUUCAAACCUCGACCCAUCGAUCUGUUGCUUGGAACAGAGGCAUUUUUUGAAGCUCUCGCUGUUGGUCAAAUAAAGCUUGGGCAAAAUUUACCUACAUUGCAAAAAACAUUAUUUGGCUGGGUGGUCUCUGGAAGAUACCAGUCGAAGCAUUAUACGCCUUCAAAGCCAUGUCUGCUAUUUCGUGAAGUCUCUAUUGACGCAAACAUGCAACGCCUUUGGGAGCUCGAAACUGUCGACUGGAAACCCAACCCUAUCUCACCUGAUCAUCGCAAUUGUGAACGUCAUUUCAUAGCCACAACACAACAAGAUACAACUGGACGCAUAAUUGUGAGGCUGCCAUUUAAGGACAAUCCUGCUGCACUUGGAGCCUCAUUCGACAUAGCUCGUCGCCGAUUCCUAGCAAUCGAACGCCGUCUUUCGCAUUCGCCAGACACUUAUUCCCAGUACGUCUCAUUCAUGGAAGAAUACGAACGUCUUGGUCACAGGUCUGUAGUUAAAGCACCGAAAUUAGAUGAACCACACUAUUACAUACCACAUCACUGCGUACUGAAACCCACAAGCGCAUCAACAAAGUUACGAGUAGUCUUGCCAAACUACGACACAAACAUCGCUAAAUGACUUACUUUUAGUUGGACCAACCAUCCAAAUAGAGCUGUUGCUACUGCGCUUUCGUUCGUAUCGUUACGCUAUCACCGCAGAUGUCACUAAAAUGUACAGGCAAGUAUCCUUGAAUAAAAAUGAUCGUAAAUUUCAUUACAUUCUGUGGCGAGCUUCUGCAGACGCAGAUCUUCUCACAUACCAGCUCAACACUGUGACAUAUGGUACCGCCUCAGCUCCAUAUCUCGCAGUGUGAAGCCUUCACUACUUGGCAGAUCAGCAUAUGGCAGAAUUUUCAAUUGGCGCUACGGCUGUAAAAACUUCGUUCUAUGUUGAUGAUUUUCUAUGUGGUGCAUAUGAUACAGAUGCCUUACACAGAUUAAAGAAAGAAGUCAUUAAGAUACUUCAACGCGGACAGUUUCCUCUUUCCAAGUGGCAUUCCAAUCACCCAGAUUUCGUGGAAGGCCAAAUUAUGAAAGAGCUUAGCAUUACCGACGAUUUUACAUCAAGUGCACUUGGGGUGACUUGGAAUCAACGCAACGACACGUUGUUGUUUUCAUUCACACCAAAGCAAGUUCACAUGUCUGUCACAAAACGCACAAUACUGUCUAUCGCUUUUCGAUCCACUUGGAAAGCUCUCACCACUCGUGAUAACAUCCAAAAUAAUCAUGCAGGAAUUGUGGCUCCUAAAAUUAGAUUGGGACGAGUCGGUUCCCCAACAUAUACACCAAGCCUGGAAUUGUUGUUUAGCAUCUCUUAACUCGCUUUCAUCACUCAGCCUGCCUCGUUAUUGUCUGCUACCAAAUGCUCGUGACAUACAGUUACAUGGAUUUUGCGACGCAUCAAUUCGGGCAUACGGAUCGGUGAUUUAUAUACGCACAGAAGACUCCGACGGACAGGUUGCUGUACAUUUACUCACUUCGAAAUCAAGGGUCGCACCAGUAAAAAAGCAGUCUCUCCCAAAACUCGAACUUUGCGGUACCCACCUUCUCGCUUGCCUGUAUGCUAAGAUAAAGAACAUAUUCUCCACUGCUCACAUAACUACUUUCCUUUGGACUGACUCGCAACUAGUUCUACAUUGGGUAAAACAACAUUCUGUUACGCUGUCAACGUUCGUGGGCAACAGGGUAUCUGACAUACAGGAAAUGACUGCAGGUGUACAAUGGAGGUAUGUGCCUUCCAAAGAGAAUCCAGCCGACCUAGUAUCUCGAGGCUGCCCUGCUACUGAGCUCAAAUCUUCGAUAUGGUUUUCUGGUCCUUCCUUUUUGCAAGAAAAUGCAAUUAAAUGACCAAGGUACACAGGCAAUAUUGAGCUUGACAUGGAUAUUGUGAACAGAGAGAAACGCAAGAAGACAUUUGCUGUAGUUAAGGAGGUAAAUUACUUGAUAGAUCUCAUUGAUGGCAUAAGCUCGUCUCUCCAUUGUCUGCGUCUCAUCGCCUGGCUCUUUCGGUUCAGUGAUAAAUGCAGACGAAAGCCUACCACAAAAACCAUUUCGCCAUCUCCUGACGAAUUACGACGUGCAUCAUAUUGCAUUAUUUUCAAUAUUCAGCAACAACAUUUUUCAAACGAUAUUCAAUUGCUUCGAAAAAACCAAGCUCUAAAAAGUAACUUGAAGUUUCUCACUCCAUUCUUAGACAACGUAACCGGUUUUGAACUCAUAAAAGUUGGUGGACGUCUAGAUUAUGCAGAUUUACCCAACUCGCAGAAACAUCCGAUUCUACUACCUAGCGAUUCCCAAUUUGUACUAAAAUACGUUCGACAUCUACAUUUGCGAAAUUUUCACGCAGGCCCAAAGGCAUUAGUCGCCUUCAUCAGAUUAGAAUUUUGGAUAGUCAACGCUAGAGAUGUUGCUCGUCGCAUCGUUCGUUCCUGUGUGCAUUGUGUUCGUUACAAGCCAGUGCUGUUACAACAGGUAAUGGGACCACUACCAGUUACACGUAUUACACCUGCACGCCCAUUUGAACGUUGCGGAAUCGACUUUUGUGGACCAAUAAACACAUUUCUUCGAAUUCGAGGAAAACCGCCUACCAAGUCAUAUUUAGCUGUAUUCGUGUGCCUCGUAACUAAAGCUGUGCACAUCGAGGUAGUCUCCGACCUAUCAACAAACGCAUUUCUAAAUGCAUUGAAGCGAAUGAGUGGUCGUCGUAAAAUGCCAUGUGAUAUCUUUUGCGACAAUGCUACCAAUUUUGUGGGUGCAUCAAACCAGCUAAAGGACCUCAAACAGUUUUUAUUCAAGACUGAAAGGGCACCUCACUUCGGCAGCCUCUGGGAAGCUGCGGUAAAGAGCGCGAAGGGGUUGUUAAAUCGCACAUUGGCAAACACUAAACUGACAUUCGAAGAGUUAAACACCGUUGCUGUAGAAGUAGAAGCUAUUCUUAAUUCACGUCCGCUAUCUUCAAUGUCUUCAGAUCCUAACGACUUUGGUGCAUUGACACCUGGUCAUUUUUUGGUCGGUGAUUCUUUGCGUGGCUUGCUUGAGCGCUCACUGGAGCUGAAGACCGUUUCUCACCUUGAUCACUACAACACAAUCACUGCCAUCAAGCAAAGUUUUUGGUGUCGCUGGUCUGUGGACUAUAUAAAUGAACUACGAGCCCGUGUAAAGUGGACAACACAUUCACCUGAUCUCACUAACGGUGCUUUAGUGAUCAUACAUGAUGACAAUCUACCACCGCAACGUUGGAGAUUAGGUCGGGUCGAAUCAACCGUGCUUGGACGAGAUGGCCAUGUUCGAGUGGUGAAUCUCCGAACUGCCAAUGGAACUCUUUGUAGGCCAAUACAUAAAUUAGCCAUUCUUCCGAUUUGUUGAAAGAUAGUCCGUUUAACGGGGGCCGGGAUGUUGGGUCACCCUAAUGAGAGUGACCCGUGCUCCGGAUAAAAGUAAUAUAUUGUUAAUAUAACUCUCUUUUUAUCUCAUUGCUUAAUAACUCAAUUUACGUUGCUUACAUUUAUACACACAUGUCUACAUACACAUAUUGUACUCAUACUUUUCUUUACUUAUGUUGAUGCUUAAAUCUUCUAAAGUGUAAUUAUGUAUAUACAUUAGAACAACUUAACAAAUAAAUCACUCGCUAAUAAACCGUGAACAAGAGCGCACUGCACUUUAAUUGUUUUACACCCCCGCAUUUUAAAAUAAUAAAAUAAAGCAAGAAAAACGCUUCUUGCUCCAGCAG